AUGCGAGCCUAUCCCGCACCACAAGAAGCAGCAGCAGCAGCAGCAGCAGCAGUAACUGCAGCAACAGCAGCAGCAAGAGCAACAACAACAGCAGCAGGAGCAGCAGCAGCAGGAGCAGCAGCAGCAACAGCAGCAGCUCAGUCGAGCGAAGAUUCGUGUCUUGCCUUUGCAUUAGUGUUUGCUGAUGGGCUUACAGUAGCAGCAUAUUCAGAUAUGCUGCUGCUGCUACACCCUGAGCGCUUCUGCUGCUCUGUUCUUCAGCAGCAGCAGCAGCAGCAGCAGCAGCAGCAGCAGGCGGGCAGCCCCACGGGUCCCCUCUGGCUUCUUUUGCGGCUGAGACAGGCAGCAGCAAUCCGUAUGUCCUUUUCAUUGAGGCCCCUCCUCGAUGAAAAUUUGCUGCUGCUGCAGCAGCCAGCAGUCACCAGCAGCAGCAGCAGCAGCAGCAGCAGCAGCAUCUUGCGGCAGCAGCAGCAACAGCAGCAGCAGCAGGAGCAGCAUAGCUACACCUUACAAAGAUGUAACCCUAAGCCACCGCUUUGGCCUGCUGCUUCCGUUUUGCUGCAGCUGCUGCUGCCGCUGCAGCAAGCAGCUGAAAUCGUGCUGCAGCGGCAGCGCAGCAGAAGCAGCAGCAGCAGCAGCAGCAGCAUGUUGCGGCAGCAGCAGCAACAGCAGCUGACGAAGGCAUUGAGUCUAGUCGCAACAGCAAAGGCCCUGCUGCAGCAGCUGCAGCCUCCACUUUAUGUAGACAACCAAACAGGUGCGCUGAUAAUGAUCAGCAGCAACAGCAGCAGCAGCAGCAGCAGCAGCAGCACCGACGAUGCUGACGCCUGGGGGUAUGGCCUCUUGGGAAGCAGAUCUUCAGGACUACAGCAGCAGCAGCAGCAGCAGCAACAGCAGCAGCAGCAGCAGCAGCAGCAAUGGAGUGGAGAGUAUUCAUUUCGUCUUUGCUGCAGCGGCAUUCUUUGUUUGCUUCAGUGGCCAGCAGCAGCUGCGGAGCAGCGAGCUGUCACCGCAUCGCGUCUGAAGCAGCAGCAGCAGCAGCAGCAGCAGCAGCAGCAGCAGCAGCAGCAGCACAACAACAGCAGCAGCAGCAGCAGCUUCCAACAGCAGAUCUAUUGA